AUGACAACGGACCCUGGGGUACCCUCCCAGGAGUCACCACGAUCGCGGGACAGCGGCCCCUGGAAAACCCUCCCAGCAGUCACCACUAUUGCGGUGGGCAACGCUAACUGCUAUGGGGGAGGGAUGAAGAUCUCCCUGCGUGUCACUCCCUUUACCACCCCAACCAAACCCCCCUUCUCCUCUCCAUGCCCGCAGAGGGACAACGGCCCCUGGGAAACCCUCCCAGCAGUAACCACGAUCGCGGUGGGCAAUGGCAGCUACUUUGGCUUUACACCCAUUUCUCUUCCGCCACCCUCCCCUCCUUUCCACUGCACACCCCACAGAGGGGCAACGGCCCCUGGGAAACCCUCCCAGCAGUAA